AUGUCAAGCAGCAUCUGGAACCUUACUCAUCCACUAAGAACUGGAUAUGUUCAUUUAAAGCCUGGUGGUUGUGAGCAAUUUGGAACUGUCAUCAGACAAGGAAAGAUGAAGAAGACUGUCUCAGUGAUGGUGACUAGAUAUAGAUAUAACAAGAAAUAUGGACUUUGGCAAAGCAGAAACCAUCUAAAGCAUGUUCAUGAUGAAGAUGAAUACUGUAGAACUGGAGAUAAAGUAGUGAUUUCCACAUGCAAGAAACUGAGUAAUCUAAAGCACUAUUACGUGAGAAAUGUAAUCAAGCCAGUUGGUAGAGUCAACAUGUACGAGAAAGACAUAACCUAAUAUGAAAGGGACCAGAUUAAAUUCAACGAAAAUCUCAGAUAAAAUCUAGAAAGAAUGAUGAUCAUAUGA